UGCGUGAGUAACCACUUUACAUUUCCCCGUUGGCAGUGAUCAAGGUGGUGGUUGAGCAUUCGUAACCCGGAACGGAACGGAACGAGAUGGUUUUCACGGAGUCUUCUCUUCUCCUUCCGUCCGGUUCGAACAGCAGGAAGAGCACUGUUCCGGAAGACAAAUGGGAUUUGGCGUACAUAGUGUAUUUCUCCCUGGGAUUCGGUUACCUUCUCCCGUGGAACGCUUUCAUCACAGCCGUUGAUUACUUCUCCUAUCUUUACCCUGACACCAGCGUUGACCGCGUAUUCGCCGUCGUUUACAUGCUCAUCGGCCUCGUCGGAAUCUCCCUCAUCAUCCUCUACCGUCACAGCUCCAACGCCUUUCUCAGAAUCAACGUUGGUUUGGUCCUGUUCGUCGUUUCGCUCCUCAUCGUUCCCCUAAUCGACGCCUUCUACGUUAAGGGUCGUGUCGGAGUCAACGGUGGAUUCUACGCCACCGCCUUCGCCGUCGCCCUCUCCGGCGUCGCCGAUGCCCUCGUGCAGGGUUCCAUUGUCGGCUCCGCCGGCGAGCUGCCGCCGAGGUACACGCAAGCUGUCGUCGCUGGCACCGCCGGUUCUGGGGUGCUUGUUUCUGUGCUGAGGGUAAUCACGAAAGCUGUUUACCCACAAGAUGCCUCUGGUCUACAAAAGAGUGCAAAUCUGUACUUCUCUGUAUCAAUUGUGAUUGUGUUCAUAUGCAUGGUUUUAUACAACAUAGUGCACAAACUUCCUAUUAUGAAGUAUUACAAUGAACUUAAGGUUGAGGCGGCCGCAGCAAAUGGAGACAGUGGUCCCCCGACAGGAGCUGUGUGGAGGUCGACUUUAUGGGAUAUUGUGGGGAGCAUCAAGUGGUAUGGAUUUGGCAUUGUGCUCAUAUAUGCUGUGACUCUGGCAAUUUUUCCUGGUUACGUUACUGAGGAUGUGCACUCUCAAGUCCUUAAGGAUUGGUAUCCAAUUCUCCUAAUUGCUGCCUAUAAUGUGUUUGAUCUGGUUGGCAAGUCUUUGACAGCAGUUUAUCUCCUACAGAAUACAAAAGUUGCAAUAGGUAGUUGCAUAGCAAGAUUGCUGUUUUUCCCUCUCUUCUUAGGGUGCUUGCAUGGUCCCCAAUUCUUCCGGACUGAGAUUCCUGUGACGAUACUAACUUGUCUCUUAGGGCUUACUAAUGGCUACCUAACCAGUGUAUUGAUGAUUAUGAUUCCUAAAGCUGUAAAGUUGCAGCAUUCAGAGACUGCAGGGAUUGUGAGUGUAUUGUUCUUAGUUUUUGGUCUGGCUGCUGGGUCUGUUAUUGCUUGGUUUUGGGUCAUCUGACCAAGCAAUUUGUGUUAAUAUGGGGACUGUGAUGCGUCUUGUGUCUUCUUCCCUCAAUCAGAAAUCAAAAAUUGUAAUGAAUUAAUUUCCUCAAUUUGUUUCCAAACAAUAUGAAAAAUUGUAAACUUAUCUGUUGAUAUAAUCACACUGCUUUCAAUUCUAAACU